AUGCGAACACCACUUAUAAAUUUACCUUCCGCCCUGCACGCCAAAACGAAACUCUUGGCAAUGGCGUCUUCUCUCCCAAAUCCCUUCCUUCUUCUUCCUUUCUCUUUGCUCCUUCUCCUCCCUUCCUGUCUCGGCAACAGCACUGUCGCCAUAACCCACCACGGAGGUCCUAUCCUUACCGGAAACCUGAACCUAACUUUCAUAUGGUAUGGCCAAUUUGGUCGCGUCCAAAAGAACGCCCUUCGAGCCUUUGUUGAUUCCUUGAACUACAAUGCAGCUGCUAACUUGCAGCCCCAGGUGUCUCAAUGGUGGAAGAUUGUCGAGGGUUUCCAAGAUGCUGCCGGCAAACCUAAUGCCCCUAUCAUUGUGAAAGUUGUCAAGCAAAUCACCGAUGUCGAUUACUCUGUUGGGAAAGUUUUUACUCGCGAUUCGGUCAAGCCUCUGAUACAGAAGGCUUCCUCGGAUGACAAAGAUGCCAUUCCUGUUAUUUUCACUGCUAAGGAUGUUAGUGUGGAUGGCCUGUGCAAGGGCAAAUGUUCAGAACAUGGAGUUUUAGAAAACAAACCGUAUCUUCUAGUGGGGAACCCAGAAAAUGAAUGUCCCGGUGCCUGUGCGUGGCCAUUCCACAAGUCAGAUUCUGGACCGGUAGGGGUAACAUUGAACCCACCAAAUGGCAAUGUGGGUGCAGACGCUAUGGCCAUUGCAUUUGCAGAAGGACUAGUUGAUAUUGUGACAAACCCAUUGAAUACAGGGUUUUUCCAAGAAAACAACGAGAGUCCUAUUGAAGCAGGUUCAGCUUGCCAUGGAGUUUUUGGAAGUGGAGCACUGGCUGGCUACACAGGAAAAGUAAGAAUCGAUCCAAGUACCGGCGGUGGUUUCAAUGCCCAUGGAUCCAGGGGCAAGAAGUUCUUGCUCCCUGCUAUUUGGGAUCCUAAAACACAUGCAUGCUGGACCUUAAUGUAGCUUAUGGCAUGGGAGAGAAAAUUAAUUCGUUCUGCUUGUAAAUUUCCUUUCAUUUUCCUGAACGAAAAAUGGAAAACACAAGUAAUGUCCCAUCUCUUUGAAUUGAUUUCCUGAUAUGUAUUUUGGCAAUUACAGUGGCAUAACUUGUUCAUGGGUUAU